CGAUCGUCGAACUUUUAAGUGGCCUUUAGGUAGUUUGCCAUGCACCAUUUGUCGCCGUCCGUCAAACGGUCGGCAGUGACAAACAAUGACACAUGGCAGUCUCGUGACGCCGGAUUAUCGACCGUUUCGCUCGCUCGCUCGCGCUCCUUCUCUAAUCACCUUUGCACCCCGCGGGGAUCGUUCGCGAUAUCGCAGUGAGUCUCGAGACCGUUACCGAGUCCGUUCGCGGCGCCGUGGCCCGUAAAUGUCGUAAUGACUCGCCGGCGCACCGCGCACCGACGUUAAACCGCACUCCGGCCCGGCGAAGCGUCGAUCAGUCAUAUUCGUAUACGGACUGUGUGACUCCGUGCGCCCGCCUGGACGAGCCGAGCCGCGCGAUUCGCUUCCGCGGGCAGUCGUGCUAUAUGAUCCACGCGUGAUCGUUUUCCUGAUUCUUCGUCUCUGCGUCAAUCAAUCGUCUGUCGUCGUCGUCGUCUACUGUCGUCAUUCGCCGAACGAAAAAACAUGAGCGUGAGACGUCGAAAGCUGAAAACUGAAAAUGAAGAGGAACGUGAUGACGAAUUGGCAUCCCACCAGAAGAAAACCACCGGCCAGCCGGGAAGGAAGUACUUCACCAUGGUAGUAGUGCUUGGUACAUUGUUCCUAGGUUACAUAGCCAUAGCAAAUGACCUGAAGCCCAUCAGGAUAGGCAGCAAGGCCAUCGACACCCUGGCGCUGUCGUUCAAUUUGCAAAAGCCGUUCUACGUGGUCGUCAUCGACGCCGGUUCCACCGGCAGCCGCGUGCUGGCGUUCAGCUUUCACGAGUCCAUUCUCAAUGGCAAUCUGGUGCUCGACAAUGAGCUGUUCAAGGAGGUAAAACCGGGUCUGAGCUCGUUCGCCGACCGGCCGGAGGACGCCGCUAAGUCCCUGACGACGCUCCUGAACGACGCGAAGGCGGUGAUCCCGCAGUCGGAGUGGCCCCACACGUUGCUGACGAUGAAGGCCACGGCGGGGCUGCGGCUGCUGCCGGAGCACAAGGCCAACGGCAUACUGGAGGAGUGCAGAAAGCUGUUCCAGACGUCCGGUUUCCAGGUCACGAGGAACUCCAUCUCCAUAAUGGAAGGCACGGACGAGGGGAUCUUCUCCUGGUUCACCGUCAACUUCCUGCUGGAUCGCUUCAACACGCUCAGCUCUCAGUCCACCGUGGCCGCGCUGGACCUCGGCGGCGGCUCGACGCAGGUCACGUUCCAGCCGGACAGCGGGCAGGCCAAGAAAUUGGAGAAGCACGUUUACUCCAUCAAUGUAUUCAAUCACAACAUGAGCCUCUACACGCACAGUUACUUAGGCAUGGGUCUGAUGGCCGCCAGAAAGGCGAUUUUGACCUACGACAUGAAUCUUGACGACGCGAACGUUAAAGGUCCCAUAGAGAUACAUUCCGAAUGCAUCAAUCCGAUUGUAUCGAGGGAGUGGUCCUACCAGGGGCGCGAUUACAUUGUGAAAGGUCCAACGAACGGCACGUACAAAGUAGUGAAAACGCAAAAUUUCGCUGGCGGAGACGAGAACAAGCCGAUUGUGCGCUUUGCGGAAUGCUUAAAGAUCAUUGAGAAAUAUGUUGGUUCUCUCACAGAAAAGCCAAUGGGUUUGAAGGAUCACGAAGUAUACGCGUUUUCGUAUUACUUUGAUCGUGCGACAGAGGUAGCAUUAAUAGAUCCAUUUCUGGGUGGAAUGGUGCAAGUGAGUUCAUUUUUGAAGCAAGCCACGGAGACGUGCGACUAUCCGAAUACGGAUCAGCCGUUCAUGUGCUUAGAUUUGACAUUUAUUUACGUUCUGCUAAGAGACGGAUUUGGCUUGGAACCGGCUACUAAGCUACAUCUUUAUAAGAAGAUCAAUGGCCAUGAAUUGAGCUGGGCGCUAGGAGCCGCGUUCAAUGUUCUUCAAAAUGGACUUUGACGUUAUACCGUUGUUAGAUGAGUUUUAUUCCAGAUUUGUACAUUUUGAAAAAGACAGAGCGGAGGAACAUACAGUUAAUUAAGGAAAAAGGAAUAUGUAAGAAAUAUGCAAGACUUAACAUUUUUUUAUGAAAUCUUUGGAAUUUAACGAGACAUUUGAUAAUUGCCGACGUUCGCCGCACAAUUGCCUAACUGUACAGCCCGUCUACGAAAGGAAAGCGGUAUUUGAUGAUAUAUUUUUAGGUACGAGCGUAAUAUAUUUUUUAUCUGAAACGUUAUCUUAUCUUAAAACGAAAGACAUAUCGCCGCAUAUUUAUGGCAGUUCUUAAAAAUGUUUGAAAAUAUUUUAUUUCGUUCAAUUCAAUGUUUUUUUAAUAAUCAAUCAUAUCCGAUUUUUAAUCUCGUGAACGAUUAAAAAUCGGAUACUUACUAGUGAACGCAUUUGAUUGUAAUGACGCGAUCAACGAUGAAAUUUUGCCUCAGUCAUAAAAAUUUAUCGAAGUGCAAUUUAGUAACUUUAGAAAACGGCGAGAUUACACACGUGUGUGUAUUUUUACGGCGGCAUAUCUGCUACAGAAUCGUCGAGUGAGGCACGAAAACUCUGACAUAUCUCUAUGCACAAAAAAAAAACUGCAGUUAUCAUCGUAAACUUAGUACAAAAACGGAUUUUAUCCUCGACGCUAGACACGUCUUACCUGUUGAAAUAUGCCAACGAUGUACAUAACAUUCGAUUUUUGUAUGCAAAUCGCCGCAUCUAUGCGACGUCAUUUAUGGGAUUCCUUCUAAGAUUAUCGCGUUCCUCAUAGUUAUUGUAACAUGUCCAGCAGCGCGAUGCGCAACGAACUGCGUACACAUUGCGUAUGUAUAGAUAGCAAACUGUUGGGAAUAGUUGCGUACGAUCCACAACAUUCUAUAUAUUAUUCUACGUACCAUAAAAGUGGGGGACACACAAUUUGCGUGUAUGUAAUAUGUGUAGUGCCUUUGAAAUGCUGUUUUUAAAUAAAGCGAACGUGUGUCGCUAAAUUACAUAUA